GGAGACUUCAGAAUUGAAAAUAAGAGAAAUUAAACAAAAAUAUAGAAUAAGUACACAUAUAUUAACAUAAAAUGGGUAGACGUUCGAUUAAUACCACUAAAAGUGGCAAAUACAUGAAUCCUACAGACCAAGCCAGAAAAGAGGCUAGGAAACAGGAAUUAAAAAAGAAUAAGAAACAACGGCAGAUGGUCCGAGCGGCCGUCUUAAAAGGAAAGGAUCCACAACAGAUUUUAGAAGAAAUGGAGAAAAUUGAUGAGAUGGAAUUCAAUGUUAAUCAGCCGUCUCCUUUAAAUGAAAAAGUGCUGAAAGACAAGAGAAAGAAACUUAGAGAUACUUUAGACAGAGUUCUUAGUAUGUAUUAUAAAGAUGAUCCAGAAAAGUGGUCAGAACUAAAGAGAAGACAAACUGAGUACGAACAAAAGCGAGCACAGCUGGUAGCCUUCUAUGAAUCAGUAAAAAGUGCUCAACAAGUCACUGUUGAUGAGAUUCCUUUACCCCAGUUACCACAACAACCGACAACUACAGCAAGUAUUCCAGCCCAAAUUCCAUUACCAACAACUGAAAGAAAACAAGAGCAUACUAUAUACUCAAUUGCAACAGCUCUUAAAUUGCAGGCAUUGGGCCAACCAGUAAGAGAACCUCCUGGGUGUCCACCAGGUCCUCCUCCUGAAAUAAAUGAUGAAGGAGAAGUUGAAGAAUUUGGAACAAAACCUGAAGAACCUAAAGAAAUUGAAAUAGAUGACACAAAUGCAGAGGAAUCAUCAACUGUUAAACCAACAUCUUUGCAGCAAAAAAUGGUGGCACUCUCUGGACAGAAUGUAGAUGAAUUCAUAAAAGAAAUGGAAACAGUUCAAAAGAAGAUGGAGUUGAACAGAGAAAAUGAUGCAAGGAACAAAAUUACUGUUCAUAUUGAACCCCUUGUACCUCCAGGUACUGAAUUACCUGGUAUACCAACACAAACUUCAGCUCCACCUCCACAUAUGUUUCCAACUAAUAUAAGAUUACCUCCUGGGCCUCCUCCUGGCAGGCCUCUUUUGCCUCCAGGGCCCCCACCAGGAUUACCUCCCAGGUUACCUCUUAGGCUGCCACAAGUUGCACCCAGGAUGAUUAGGAUACCCGGGCCACCCCAGAUUAUCCAGCCUAAUGUAUUAUCUGCAGCUCCACAAUUAAUAAACAGGUCAGAGUCGACGAAACAAGGAGCUACAAUAUCUGCUAAACCUCAGAUUAGAAAUCUCAGCGCUGACGUGACUAGAUUUGUACCAUCUGCAUUGAGAGUGAAAAGAGAAGAUAAGAAACCAUCUAAAAAUCCUAGUGCGUUUGCAAGAGAGAUGAAACAAAAGGAAUUUAAUAUGCAUCAAAAUGCCCUAGCUGGUCAUACCAAAGAUGACGCUUAUAAGCAGUUUAUGAAUGAAAUGGAGAAUUUGUUGUAAUUUAUAGUGUUUGUUUAUUAUGCAUAUGAAAGCGAAGUGAAAAUACAAGUUUUUAAUUUU